CGCUCACUUCCGCUUUGACAGGUCGUUGUUUGCACACACUGGCGCAGCCUGCGGAGUGCAUUUUUAUACACACAGGCGUCAUUUUGCUGUUCAUUUACGGUGGUAAACAAUAGUAUGCAGGAGAAAGAUUGAGCCGUCUUGCUUCCCGUUUUCUUUCUCGAUCGUGCAUAUGCAAGAUGUGACUCUUCGUCAUUUACCUCCUUGUGUGUCAACACAUUUACGUUAGCCUGUGUGUUUAGAUUUUUAUUUUAUUUAUACUCAGACGCAGUUCAUAUAACGCGACACGCCUCUUUCCUGUAUGAAGUUGAUAUAUAUUGACAACACUAACUAUUACGAAAACGGGAAGUAAUUUUGAUUUAAAUCGAACAAUCCGGGCAGCGCCGACGUUUAAAAAAUAAUGUUCUAUCAAACAUGCACAAUUAAACCCACUUUUUUUGAACGAUAGUAAUUGCACGGUGACUUUCUUUGAAUGAGAUCUGAUCCCAGGAAACACUGGAUUGCUUUCCUCGCUCAGCCUGGCGAUGUCGUCGACAUGUCUCGCCUUCUAUAAGAGCCAAUACAGCCUUGCAUCAUCUCGUCCUCUUGCUGUGUAUUUAGAGGUUACAUAAGUAGUAGACAUGUGUUGUUAGCACCGUAAUCGGUUUUAAGAUAUCAAACCGAUAGUCGAUAGAUAACAUGUGUGAGUGCCAUUUCAACUCAAAUACCAUGCAUUGAUUUGUGUUGUCAUGCAAAAAUGAUUCGCAUACGGUUACAGAGAGGUACGAUACAGUGCCUGUGAGACACCAUGUGGUUUAUGAAACUGGUGUGUUAUGGUUGUGUGUGUCUGUGUGUAAAAGCAGCCUGUGCUUCAGUGCACAGAUGGGCCUGUGUCUUUUCUCAAGGAUGGUCUGCCACGCUUCAUUGAGUCGCCUCUGUUGAUGAGGUGGACACAUACGCACACACACUGUCAAAGACUCUAUUGUCUGUGCUUGGUGGAAAAAAGGCACACAAAAAUUCCACUCCACAUUGUGGGUCAACAGUAGAGAAAUAUGUAAACCGUACAAUGUAUAUAGUACAUGUUUUUUCAAACAUGGAUCUUCUUAAAAUCCCCAGGCUGUAAUGACAUAUAUUGUUGGGUAAUUUGAUUACAGUUUAUUAAGAAUUGUUUAUUGAUAAGUAACCAGAGCCUUUCUUUGUUGUUGCCACACAUAACCCGUUUACAGGUCUGUGCUGUGAGAAGAGCCCUUCUAUAGCUGCAGCUUUAAAUCCUAGAGCGCCACCCGUAAGAGCAUUUACAUACCGCCUUGUGUAAAUACAUGCAGUUACCAGCAUCUUAGAAUAAACUCUCUGUCUUAGAUGCCAACCUGAUGUCUUUGUGGCCUGCUGAGUGCAUGUUAUGUUAUUGUCUUGCCUGCUCUUCUUUUCUUAACACAUUUCGUCCCUCCCAUGCAUCCAUUAAAACAUGUUUUGCACACACUGUCCGUUGGAAUCAAGCUUGGAAACGGAGCCAACCUUAAAGUUGUGCUUUACUGUACGUCAGUGGAAAUGAUUGUCUGACUAUAAAAAACAGCAUGUUAUCAGCCUCUUAACCGUUUAUCCCAGUAGCUCUAAUCUUCUGUAGGCACCUCCCUGUACACUCUAUCUGUGUUAACGUUCUGCAGCUGUUACAUGGGAUGACUCCAGAAGCAAAAUUACACAAUGUUCAUUAAAUGACGCAUACAUUAUUUAAGUGAGUUGUCGCCAUCUUUCACAAGUGUCAACCCGUGUAAUUUUAUUUCUUAGCGCACACGUUUAGGCAAUGUGUCUUAAACAUGUUUUCAAGUAAAGCUCUGUCGUAGUCUCUUUAAAUGAAAUGACUGUUAAACCCCAGGACGUCCCCACCCUUUUCGCCUUCGAGAGAUAAUCACCACAAGUCCAGAUACAGUAGAGCUGUUGUCUACUGUGCCCUGCAUUAUUCAGCAGAUGCUUGUUUAUCCGAAUUUGUACAUUUUUGCUUCUGUUUCUCUGUACCUGGAUGGACAGAGAAAUAUAUGUAUUUUUAUUUAACCAGGAUGUUCAACUGAGAUUGAGAACUUCACAACAUUUUGACUGAAUCUAAAUCAAAGCACUGUUAAGGAUUUUGACAGUGCACAUGCAAAACAAAUAUCAUCUGCAGAAAAAAUUGUGUUCUCUUUAAAGAUCCCAUCAAGACUUGCUUCAAAACAUGUAAAUAUACUCUGAUAUGGUUUUUCCACAGAAAGAUUAGUAUUAAAAAACACACAGCUACUCAUUGUUAAUCUUGCUAUUGUCAAAAAUGUGAUUGUUGCACACAGUUGAUGUCACACAUCCUGCUCAUGUAUACACACCUUUUUGGUGUCUAGCACUGCAAAUACAAGUGCAACAGGCUUUGGAAGUGGUGGGAGGCUUUAAAAAAAUGCUGCUGUACAUGACAGAUUUUCUUCCAAAAUUACAGUAUUGUGUACUUACAGUUACCUUCAUGCAAUCUUGGACUGUCCCUCGGGAGGAAUGUGCUCCACUCCUCUCAUUCAUAAACCCUGCUUCUAAACUCCACCUUCACACCGAUGUUCAUGUUCCUCGGCUGUAGAAAGCUCACAGGUCAGGGGUUCUCGGCUGGCCUGCCUCUGGCUGUGUGUGAAGGAAAUGGUUAAAUAUGGGGUCGGUUUUGAAAACCAUCAUGAGUGUGGUUUUGUCUUUAUUUUGUUGUGCGAGUUUGUUUGCAGCUUUAUGAGACCAACCGUGACACACCAACUUUUUUGAGAACUUUUAAGAUAAGAGCUUCAUUAGCAGUUUUAAGUCUGUGUCACACAGGCACAAGAUCCCUGCACAAGCGAAAAACUAUUAGCACGACUGCGUUUUCUGUUUCUUGUUUUGCAACUCUGGCCUUGACAAACCGCUUGGAAUUCUUCGGCCGUCUAAUUUUUCUGCUCUUUUCCAAUUGGCCGGUCACGUAUAUGGCACGUCGCUAUUGGCUGGAUUCUCCUGCAAUGGCGAGCCCUGUGGUCUACAUGUGGCAAGGAGAGGAAACAAGAGAAGGAGAUGACACAUGGCCGGCUGUUUACAGAUUUUGAAGGCCACGGAUGUGGUGCCGCUUUUACUGCAACAGGGGUGUUCUCUUUCGACGACAAGCUGGCAGAGGCUAACCAUCCCUACAGCGUUGACGAUGACUUGCUGAACGAAGCAGAGGUGAACGGUAACUGGACUCCUCAGGAGAAAGCUCUCCACGAAGCUCGACUCAAAGCCAAAGCCAAGCGCCGCCAGCGCAAGUCCUCACGCAACUCCACCAGCGAGUCCAUCUCCGAGUCCGGAGAAUUGUCAGGAGGUGAUCCAAACAGCCCGAAGGGCAAAGUCAACAUCAGUGACCGCAAAUCUAGGGCGGGAAAAGGCAGAGGUCUGCCAAAAAAAGGUGGAGCAGGUGGUAAAGGAGUUUGGGGGGCUGCUGGGAUGGUUUAUGAAGAUGAGGAGCCUGAUCUGCGGGACCCCAACUACGAUGAGUUUGCUCAGGGGGACACAGUUUAUGCAACAGUUGUGCCUGAGGUAGAUGAGAAAGAACUGGAAAACAUGGUCAACCCAAUUGUAAAGGAGUACUUUGAACAUGGAGACACCAAAGAGGUCCAGAUGUUGCUGAAGGGGCUCAACCUGGGCUCUCAUAAGUUUGAGUUCUCCUCCCUGGCCGUGUCACUGUCCCUCGAGGGCAAAGCCAGCCACAGAGAGCUGACCUCCCGCCUGCUGUCUGAUCUGUCAGGGAAGAUGCUUUCACAAAGUGAAAUGGCCCGCGCCUUUGACAAGAUACUCAAAGAGCUGCCAGACCUGAUACUGGACACACCGGAGGCUCCGCAGAUGUUGGGCCAGUUUGUAGCCCGAGCCAUAGCAGACCACGUCCUCCCCAUGUCUUUCCUGGACUUUUACAAGGGCAAAGUGGACUGUGAGCAUGCCAGAGUGGCGUUGGACCGUGCCGAAGUGCUGCUGACCAUGAAGAGGGAGAUGGUUCGUCUGGAUAAUGUGUGGGGCGUGGGUGGAGGCCUGAGACCUGUCAAACAUCUCGUCAAAGAGAUGAACCUCCUGCUCAAGGAGUACCUGAUAUCAGGAGACGUGUCGGAGGCAGAGCACUGUCUGCGGGACCUGGAAGUCCCACACUUCCACCAUGAGCUGGUCUAUGAGGUUGUAGUGAUGGUGCUGGAGUCGAAAGGAGACACUGCCAGUCAUAUGAUGAUUAAGCUGCUGCAGUCCUUCUGGAAGACGGGUCUCAUCACUGUGGAUCAGAUGAAUAGGGGUUUCCAGCGUGUCUAUGAUGAGCUCCCAGAAAUCAACCUUGAUGUGCCGCAUGCCCAAUCUAUCAUGGAGACCUUUGUGGACCUCUGCUACCAGGAGGCCGUCAUCACCAAACAGCUGAGGGAUGCAUGUCCCGCCAGAGGACGAAAGCGUUUUGUGAGUGAGGGAGAUGGAGGAGCGAUAAAGAACUAAUCCACAAGAGGAAGAGCAGCAGCAGGAGGAGAAGGAGGAGAAGGAGGAGAAGGAGGACGAGGGGGGGGGGGGUGUCUACAGGUUGUUAAACACCAGAUUCUGCUCCAGCAUGUUUUACUCUGAAACCAGGCAUGCUGGCAGACUUAAAUUUCCUUGUUCCUCCCAAUAAUGGUGUCAUUACAUAAACCAGCAUUGACGUUUGGUGAAAGUAGACUGAAGAGUCGCCCAGAUGUUCAGUUCCAUUCAUUUUGUUCAUCACUGUUUUGGACAUUUUGGUUGUAAGAAAAUUCUGUUGAUUUUUUUGUUUGUUUUUUGGGUUGAUCACUCUCUAUUCUCAGUCUUUGUACCUGUUUCUCAAGAAUAGUUUGAGUCAGCGCUGCAGAAAGACAGGGUGACAUGCAGGGAGGGGUGUGUGGGAGAUGAAUUUGUGGGUUUUGUUUCUGGCUUUGCUUCACCUGUUCCCAUUUUUUUUCCCAGUGCUAGAAAAGAAAAAAAGCACUUAAGACAGCUCAUACCGUCAGUGAGCACUUGCUUAUUUAGCUCAACAAAGAUCUAAACCUUGUUUGUAUUUUCUGCCACCAAUUUGUUGACAUUUUUUAAAAGACUUUGUACCAUUGGGUUUAAGUGGUUCUAUCGUGUCUUUAUGAAUGGGAGUUUUUUGUUCUUUUUUCCAUCUUGAGAUCAAAUGUUGACUUUUAUUAAGCAAAGAAGUAAAAGUAAGAGGUGUUUGGGUGGUUAUUUCAAACUUGCAUAAGGGCACAUACUUUGGAGGCACUUUUCUCUAAAUAUGAUGCAGAUAAAAAUAAAUUAGGUGUAAUGUGUAUUUAGGAAAAAGAAAACAAACAAGUCAAAAGAUUGAACAAGCACGAUUUUGAGCACUCUGACAUUGCUUGCAAUAAAUUCACAGCUCACAUGGUCAGAAUGGAUUCUUUACAGGUAACCGUAUAAUAUAAAGCCAAAUCAAGGGAAUAUAAUUAUUCUGGGAAUUGUCUUUAAACUUGUUUACCGGUCUGAUAUAGCUGUGAAAUGGCAACCUCAGCUUAUUUAGGAAGAAGCAUAUUUAUAUAUGCAUAUUCUUUUCUGCCACUGUUUGUAACAGUUUUUCAUGUUGCCGAAAGUUGAAGAUGUGGCUAAGAAAUAUAUUUCAUUCAUUAAAAAGCAACAAAAUAAAA